UGUGACUGUGGGAAGUGCAAAUGUGAUGAAGGCUGGUAUGGUGAAGCUUGUCAGUAUCCAACUACUUGCAAUCUCACACGGAAGAAAAGCAAUGAAAUGUGUAAGAAUUCUCAAGAUAUCAUCUGUUCCGGUGCAGGCACAUGUCAGUGUGGCAGGUGUAAAUGCGCAAACUCAGAAGGAAAUGGACUGGUCUAUGGUAAAUUUUGUGAAUGUGAUGACAGAGAAUGCAUAGAUGAUGAGACAGAAGAGAUUUGUACAGGCCAUGGAAAGUGUUACUGUGGAAACUGUUACUGUGAGGCUGGUUGGCAUGGAGAUAAAUGUGAAUUCCAGUGUGACAUCACCCCCUGGGAGAUCAAGAAAAGAUGCACAUCUCCAGAUGGCAAAAUCUGCAGCAACAGAGGCACAUGUGUAUGUGGGGAAUGCACAUGCCAUGACGUGGACCCAACUGGUGACUGGGGAGAUAUUCAUGGAGACACUUGUGAGUGUGAUGAAAGAAACUGCAAAGCAGUGUAUGAUAGAUAUUCUGAUGACUUCUGUUCAGGUCACGGACAGUGUAAUUGUGGAAAGUGUGACUGUAAAGAAGGAUGGACUGGGAAGAAGUGUGAACAUCCACGUUCUUGUCCAUUGUCAAUUGACGAAAGUGCUAAGAAAUGCCAAGGAAAUUCUAACUUACCUUGCUCUGGAAGAG